CAGUCAGGGGUCCACAGAGCAGCAGUAUUAUGGCAACGGGAAAGAAGGGAAUCUUGGAGCGUCUUGAUGGUGGGGAGGUCGUGAUCGGCGAUGGAGGCUUUGUGUUUGCCCUGGAGAAGAGAGGCUACGUGAAGGCCGGCCCCUGGACACCCGAAGCUGCCGCAGAGCACCCUGAAGCAGUGCGACAGCUGCACAGGGAGUUCCUGAGGGCAGGGUCCAACGUUAUGCAGACCUUCACCUUCUACGCCAGUGAUGACAAACUGGAGAACAGAGGGAACAAGCUCACCUUCACUGGAGCUCAGAUCAACGAGGCCGCCUGCGAUUUGGCCCGUGAGGUUGCCAAUGAGGGCGACGCUCUGGUUGCCGGAGGAGUGUCUCAGACUCCGUCCUACCUGAGCUGCAAGAGUGAGACAGAGGUGAAGGCCAGCUUCAAGAAACAGCUGGAUGUGUUCAUCAAGAAAAAUGUGGACUUCCUGAUUGCUGAGUACUUUGAGCAUGUUGAAGAGGCCGUGUGGGCUGUGGAGGUGCUGAAGGAGACAGGGAAGCCUGUGGCUGCGUCUCUGUGUAUCGGACCAGAGGGAGACAUGCAUGGUAUCUCCCCUGGACAGUGUGCUGUCAGGCUGGUCAAAGCCGGUGCCCAGAUUGUUGGAGUCAACUGCCACUUUGACCCCAUGACCUGCGUGAAAGCUGUCAAGAUGAUGAAGGAGGGAGUGGAAAAGGCCGGACUGAAGGCUCAUUACAUGGUGCAGCCCCUGGCAUACCACACUCCUGACUGCAGCUGUCAGGGAUUCAUCGAUCUGCCAGAAUUCCCCUUCGGUCUGGAGCCCAGGAUCCUGACCCGCUGGGACAUGCACCACUACGCCAGAGAGGCCUACAACGGUGGCAUCCGCUUCAUUGGUGGCUGCUGUGGAUUUGAGCCUUAUCACAUCAGGGCUGUGGCAGAGGAGCUGGCCCCUGAGAGAGGCUUCCUCCCAGCUGCAUCAGAGAAACACGGCAGCUGGGGAGCUGGUCUGGAGAUGCACACCAAGCCCUGGGUCAGAGCCAGAGCCCGUCGUGACUACUGGGAGAACCUGAAGCCAGCCUCUGGCCGCCCCCUGUGUCCCUCCAUGUCUGCCCCCGACGGCUGGGGUAUUACCAAGGGCCACAUUGAUCUUAUGCAGCAGAAAGAGGCCACCUCUCAGGACCAACUCAAGCAGCUAUUCGACAGGUCAAAGACCCACUGAGUCAGUCUGUGUCCUUCGGACCUGGCUGCAGAACUGAGUCAAACAGCCGUGCCGUUGAGUUACUGACGAUGAUGAUCUGCACAUAGUGCUGCACCUAACAAACAUAUUGUCAGGGGCCGAAUCUUCACUUGACACUAGCACUGUUCUGUGCAUCUGCUGAUUGCAGAUCUGUAGUUCAAGUUAGGAGACGGCCCAUGUUAAGAUUAGGACCUUUUGUUUUUUCAUGAC